CCCGCAGUGCGUGUGCAACACCAGCGCAGGUACCUUACGUCCGUCAAGCUCACGGGCUGAAUCCCAUUCCAGAACGGUGCUGCUGCCUAAUCACCAAGAAUACCUACGAUAAAUAUGACAACGUCCCCCACUAUCCCGCCUAUGAGCUUUGACGCAACACUCGCCGUGACAGUUGGAGCAUUUCUCUUGGCCUGCUGGUAUUUCAUUUGGACAUCUAGACCGACGCAACUGCGCGCUGCCACUGCCGCCAUGUCAUCAGGACCGGGGCCGGAACAAUCAACACGCAAGGCCGGGGGACCAUCUAAUGGCGAUGCUGAGAACAGCGCUUCGGGUGCUGCGGGUGCUGCGGCCUCCACCUACGAGCCAAGCAUUGCAGACGUCCUCGUCACCAAGGCCAUGUUGCGCAAGGCCCUUCGCCUCCCGCCCGAGAUCAUUGGCACCAUCAUCGACCUUGCCGAGUACUGGCCGCACACGACUACCGCGAUCGGGCCAACCUCUGACGGCGCCUCUGUCGAGCCCGCCACCGUGAUUGUUCGCCACACAGAGGGCAAUAACAAUAGAUUCUUGCUCCGGUGCCCGCCCCUUGGUCUGCACCGCUGGGAACGUGCCUCCAGCGAUGGGGAUGUUCCGCCUGCCGAACAGAUGGAGCCGAGGGCCCGGCCCCCCGGCGAAGAGUUUUCGACCGACGACUUCCAGGAGCUCGUGGCAGCGCCCGUGUCCCUACUUGCGCAUCCCUGUCGCCGCCUCGUCUUCACUAUCCGAAGCCAUGAUCAAGGCUGGGGCGGAGCCCCGGGCGACCGCGGCACGUACCACGGAUCGUGGACGUGGUUCGAGGUUGGUUUGGAACGCUGGUGUAAAACCAGUCCAGGCCAGACACAACACCAUCAGCGACCGUCACUGCAGCCGGAAGACCUCUGCACCGUGAUUCCCGAGGUCGUAUGGGACGCCCCGGCGGACCGUUACGUCUUCAAUCAGCCACUCCUUCCGAGCGAAAGCCUCAAGAUCCAGUGCAACGUGACCGCGACGAGAACCACGCGGGUGCACCGCGUUGUUUGGAGCUACACCGACGAUAUCGAUCCUGACUUCAACGUGGAGGCUGCCGAAGAGCAGCUCGCCCAAAAAGGUCGCGGCAAGGCUACCGGGAACGGUCGAUUUGUGCGCGAGCUUAAACUGGGCGACGUUGUGACCGUCUGGGCCAAGACGAGGUUCCCUCAUUGGGCCAACCACGUCGAGUCCGUCAAGGUCGAUGUCUACUACGCUGUUUAGAAGCCCCCCCAAACGAGUGCUUUUGGAGUCUCACUUGCGGCGGUGAUCGGUGAUUUCGAACCAGGAUAGCCUCAUGCCUGUUCCAAGAAAGAGACAGGCAUGCAUGCGUCUGCCUCCUGAUUGAAUCGGUGAUCCCUGCCGCCCACGGGUGCCGG